AUGGCGGACAAGACAGUGCUGGAUGUGUUCUCGAAGUUUGAUAAGGACUCGUCCGGCUCCAUCUCGCGUGAAGAGCUGGGAGAUGUCUUGAAAGCUCUACAAGAGGAGCCAUGGGAGGAUGACGAGAUCGACAACCUGCUCACAGCGGCAGAUUCAAGCGGAGACGGUGAGCUGCAAAUCCAGGAGUUUGUGAAAUGGGUGUUUGCCGAGGACAAGAACAUCUCCCAGGGCCUCAAGGGCAAGUUCAAAUUGAAGGUCUCAGGUUGCUCUCGAGCAGAGUUCAAUGGUGACUACACCCAGCAAGAAGGAGAAUUUUACUACCGAAGGCCAGUGUUCCACUGUGCUGAGACCAACAAGUACCUCUACUACCACGGGGAGCGGAAGCAGUGGCAGCUCUACUGGCGGACCGGCAGCAAAUCUUCUUGUCGUUUGAAGACGACACGCGCCGCUCACAUGGCCGGGGAAGUGCAGUGGGCAGUGUGGAGUGGGAAGAAGAAGGCCUUUGUGCGAGAAUCAUCAAUGACCUGCACCCCCGAGGCCACAGAGUCGGCGGAGGCGAUGCUGAUGAACGCCGAGGAUUGCGUCAAGUUCGACGAGAUCUACUUCAAGAAGAUCGACGGGGUCGUGGGCAAUCGCGCAGUGUACCGGCAGUCCAAGGGGGACGACUGGGGCGACACUUACAUCUUCUUCGAAGAGCUAGAAAGCCGAUGGAAGAGGGGCGACGAGGUCAAGCCGGGCCAGCCCUCCCUGAACGUCUCGAGGAUCACAGAUGCGGCCUCCCCGGAAAAGGCGGUCUGGAUGGACGAGGCCGUCGGGGGGCAGAUCGAUGUGAUCGCCGUGGACACUGACGGGGUUCCCAACCAAAUGCAUGAGGGCUUGCAAUUCAAUCCCAAGAUCCCGGAGGGAUGGAAAGACGAUGACUUCCCCCACAACGCAGAUUCCAUGGGCGUGUCUUGCACCAAGAAGUACAGCAAGCCUCGCUGGCUGCGCGCCCUGGCUCUCCAUCCGCACCCGGUGCUCUUCGCAGACGUGGAGCCGGCAGACGCCUGCCAAGGCCGGGUCGGCAACUGCUGGCUCAUCGCCGCCAUCUCCGCCCUGGCCGAGUUCCCGGCCUAUCUGAAGGGCAGCGUCUUCGUCACCCGAAAGGUCUCCAAGACCGGGAAGUAUGCCAUCAAGCUCUACGACGGCCGCCACUACCGCUGGAGAUGCAUCGAAGUUGACGACUACUUGCCCUGCACCUACUUUGGCGCGGGGUAUACGCCAUCUCUCUACUUCGGGAAGAUCAACAAUGGAAAGCUCUGCUUUGCGCUGCUUGAAAAAGCCUUUGCCAAGCUCUACGGCAGCUACUCCGCGUUGCGGGGAGGCUAUCAGCCAGUUGCUUGGCACCACUUGACGGGCGUCAAGGAAUUCUUCCACUACCAGUCACAGUAUGCCGUGUCCGUGAGAUGGGAGGUCAGCUCCAGUGCCGGCAUUCCGGUCUAUGCGGACAGGAGGAGGUCACAGAAGCUUGGCGUGAUGGCGGAGGGCGCUCGCUUCUUCGAGAAGCAAAGAGUCGGGGCCUGGAUCAAGUUCCAGAAGCUCAGUGGGGAUGGACCCGGCGAGGGCUGGCUCAUGUACUACUCCAGGGGCCAGAGGCUUGCAUUUCGCAAUCCAUCCGCGGCGCUCAGGUUCAAGGCCUUCAAAGUGAACAUCAAUCCGAGUCAAAUCAUGGAGGCCAUCGGUGGAGAUGAGGGAAAGAAGGGCAAAGGCGCCAGGGCAUGCUUCACUUACAAAUGGAGCAGGUAUUUCAGCCCAGAUGAGAUGUGGGAUCAACUUGUGUCCUUCGACAAAGGCAACUAUUUGAUGGCCUGCACAGCCACUUACUGCAAGGAUGAGAGUGAUUGCGGAAUGGUGCAUCGCCAUGCGUACAGCAUUUUGCAUGCCGUUGAGAUUGAUGGCUUCAAGCUUGUUGCCUGUCGGAAUCCAUGGGGUAACGACAAGGAGUGGAACGGACCCUGGAGCGACCGGAGCAACGAAUGGAAGUACCAUCCAAAGAUCGCCAAAGCUUUGCAUGUGGAUUUCCAAACCGAGGGCAUUUUUUGGAUGGAUUGGGAGGAUUGGCAGUACAUCAUGGGUCAGUUCAAGGCCAUGAAUUGCAAAAUGCCCUCCGCACGCGGUGGCUUUCACACGGACUUUGUGGAUGAGGAUGAAGAUGGGGAUGGUGAAGAUGGUGGCGACUUUGUUGAUGAGGAUGACGAGGAUGAUGUUGAGCUCACGGGUGAAGUGGUCGGCUGCGAAGGCUUAUGCGAGGAGUGGACUCAACCAACGCUGAUGGACGAGGGCGUUGCCUUGAAGCCAGGUGAAAGCGCUACCUUCAAGAACGUGCCUUUCUACCUCAAGGGCAAAACCUACUUUGGGAUCAAGGGCGAGGCAUCGGCAGGCAUGUGGACGAUUGAGUACGUCCCGCCGGUGCCGAUGUACGUCUGGCUGAUGGUGGGCUCAACAAACUCAGUGGAGCUGGUCCUCCCCACCCAAGGAUGGACUCAGGAGCCGGCAGAGGGCUUUCAAAGCAGCGACGGCUAUGAGCUGAUCGUGCUGAGCUACACUUUCACGGAGGGCAAAUACUUUUCCAUCCGCUGCACUGCGCCCAUUGUGGGCGGCUUGGUGGGAGGCCACGCUCCACCAAAGCUGCCGACCCCAGGGUCCAACGAAGCCAACGAAGCAGGCGGCGACGGCCCGGCUGUGAACCUUGGCAAAGUGCUCGCCUGCUCAGGUCUCGAUAUCGCUUGGAACCCCCCCAAGACCAUGACCGAGGGCACGCUGACCAACCCCGGUCAGCGAAACUAUAUCUUCGAGCAUGUGCCCGCCUGCCUGUCGGGUGGGACGUAUAUUGGAAGUCAGACAUGGCCGUCAGCAGGCACGUGGACCAUUGAGUAUGAGGCUCCCACCACAUUGUACGUGUGGGUCGAGAAGGGAGAGUACAAUGCGGGCGUUGAUGAUGUGCUGGGCGCAGAUGGCUGGCAUCGCGAGGAGGUGGGCGAUUUCCAACGCAACAACUGCAACGGAGGAGUCAAUCCCCUGGGUUUGUGGAGCCGGCAUUUUGACAGCGGCUCUUCUUACAGUAUUGAGACAACGGGGACCUUUGUUGGAGGCGUGGUUUCUGAGUGCGUUGACGACUAG